GAGCAGCGAGGAGCGGCGUGCCGCGCACGCACGAUACGCGCUCACCCCGCCGGCCUUGCACUUCCCAUGCAACAGUAAACAAAAUGCGCUGAAAUGUCAAUGUAAACAAGAAGAUUUCCGCAUUCUAUGUGUAUUUAUUAAUUAUGUGUGGAUUGUUUGAGAACUUUUGAACAGUUUUUUUGUUGAAUUAGACUGAUAUAGAGACUUGAACUUGAAGUUUUUGAGGACGGAACAAUGCAGUGUUUUCCCAAGUUGUCGCCUAAGCGCGAGCCGGCCGAUGUGGGGUACGAGAUGGAGGUGAUGCCGGCGGUGCGGCGGCUGGAGCUGCCGGCGCCGCCGGGCAAGGAGUUCCGCGCGCCCGUGCUGCUGGCUGCGCCGGCGCCGAUGGCCGCGCACUCGGUGAUCCAGUGCAUGAGGCCACCGCCGCCACCGCCGCCUCCGCCGCCACCACGGCUUCUCAAACCACCCUCCUUCGAGGAACCAUCCAGCUCCAUUCCAGAUCUAGAGUUCGAUGGUACUACAGUGUUAUGCCGCGUAUGCGGUGACAAAGCCAGUGGAUUUCAUUACGGUGUCCAUUCCUGUGAAGGCUGCAAGGGUUUCUUCCGGCGGUCGAUACAACAGAAGAUACAAUACAGACCCUGCACGAAAAACCAACAGUGCUCCAUCCUUAGAAUCAACAGAAAUCGGUGUCAAUAUUGCCGAUUGAAAAAAUGCAUCGCUGUUGGCAUGAGCAGAGAUGCUGUCCGGUUCGGACGCGUGCCAAAGCGCGAGAAAGCGCGAAUCCUUGCUGCGAUGCAGCAGUCGUCGACGACCCGGGCCCACGAGCAAGCAGCCGCCGCAGAGCUCGAUGAUGCGCCGCGGUUACUUGCGCGUGUGGUCCGCGCUCACUACGACACCUGCGAGUUCACCAGCGACCGCGUCGCAGAGAUGCGCGCGCGCGCUCGUGACUGUCCCACCUAUUCACAACCCACUCUGGCGUGUCCACUAAACCCAGCGCCAGAGUUACAGUCAGAGAAGGAAUUCUCUCAAAGAUUCGCGCACGUUAUACGUGGCGUGAUCGACUUCGCCGGGCUCAUCCCCGGCUUCCAGCUGCUCACACAAGACGACAAAUUCACGUUGCUCAAGAGUGGUCUCUUCGACGCAUUAUUCGUGAGGCUCAUCUGCAUGUUUGAUGCGCCACUGAAUAGCAUAAUCUGCCUAAAUGGACAACUUAUGAAGCGAGACUCCAUCCAAAGCGGUGCCAACGCCAGGUUUCUCGUUGAUUCAACUUUUAAAUUCGCAGAGCGGAUGAACUCUAUGAACCUAACAGACGCCGAAAUCGGUCUCUUCUGCGCAAUCGUACUCAUUACUCCAGACCGACCGGGUCUUCGCAACAUUGAACUAGUAGAACGAAUGCACGCGCGACUGAAAUCGUGUCUACAAACCGUCAUUGCCCAGAACAGGCCCGAUAGGCCAGGCUUCCUUCGGGAGUUGAUGGACACUCUUCCCGAUUUGAGGACGCUGAGUACGUUGCACACGGAAAAGCUUGUCGUAUUCCGCACAGAACACAAAGAGCUGUUAAGGCAAAAGAUGUGGGGAGACGAGGAAGGAGUAUCAUGGGUUGACUCUGGAGCUGAUGAAUCAGCCCGCAGCCCUAUUGGCUCAGUAUCCAGCAGCGAAUCCGGCGAAGCGGCCGGCGACUGUGGCACGCCCCUUCUGGCGGCCACUCUGGCGGGCAGACGGCGACUCGACUCGCGAGGGUCAGUCGACGAAGAAGCACUCGGUGUGGCUCAUCUCGCACACAAUGGUCUCACUGUCACACCGGUGCGCCCCCCGCCCCGCUACCGCAAGCUGGACUCUCCUACUGACUCAGGCAUCGAAUCCGGCAAUGAGAAGCACGAGAGGAUAGUCGGACCCGGCUCCGGCUGUUCGAGCCCCCGCUCUUCGCUCGAGGAACACUUGGAGGACAGGCGGCCAGCCCCAGCCGAUGACAUGCCCGUGCUGAAGCGCGUACUGCAAGCGCCGCCACUGUACGACGCCAGCUCGUUGAUGGACGAAGCGUACAAGCCGCACAAGAAGUUCCGUGCUAUGCGCCGUGAUACCGGUGAGGCCGAGGCGAGGCCCGUGCGACCGACGCCGUCGCCGCAGCCCGUGCUGCACCCGCACCCGGCCAGCCCGGCGCAUCCGGCUCACUCGCCGCGCCCGCUGCGCGCCUCGCUGUCGUCGACGCACUCCGUGCUGGCCAAGAGCCUCAUGGAGGGCCCGCGCAUGACGCCCGAGCAGCUGAAGCGCACGGACAUCAUCCAGCAGUACAUGCGGCGCAGCGAGGCCGGCGCCGCCGAGGGCUGCCCCAUGCGCGCGGGCGGCCUGCUGACGUGCUACCGCGGCGCCUCGCCCGCGCCGCAGUCGGUGCUCGCGCUGCAGGUGGACGUCGCCGAGGCGGACGCCCCGCAGCCGCUCAACCUCUCCAAGAAGUCGCCGUCGCCGCCGCGCUCCUAUAUGCCACAGAUGUUACCGGCGUGAGGCCGGCCCGCGGAGCCGCUCGUCUCCGCCACCCCACCCCGACCUACUUUAAAUUAAAUAAAAAACUAGUUAAUAAUAAUCGUUCGCAGAUCGUUUUAAUAUAUUAUAUGUGAUAAUUCGUUUAGGAAGCGUGCGUGCGUGGCCGGCGCCGGACGAGGAGAGCGCAAUAGACUGACCAUAAUUUAUAAGACUAUAAGUGUAAUUUAUAAAAAUGCAUUGCAGCGCCGGUCGCGGAGUGUUAGUGUGUGUAUCGUAUGUGCGUAUGUGAGCGUGCUCAGUCAUUUGUUUGUUAAUAUAAAUAAUGACAGGUUGUCGAAUUAAAACAAACUUGUAAAAAUUG